CUUUGAUUCUAGUGUGUGUGUGUGUUUAUAAGUAUAUGUAUAAAUAUAGAUAUGAGCCUAAAUAAAAUACUUCCUGCUAUACAGUGUUGGGAUAAGGGCUACUUUCUUAGUAAUACAUUACUUUUUGUGGUGCAACAAUUGUUUUAAUUGCAUAAACCACACAACAUUGGCCCGAGUGAACAAGAGAAUGAACAAUUUACUGCUGAACUGUAUUUUGUAUGCCAUUCUCGUCUGUCCUAUAAAACGAAUCAGAAGUCAGAGCGUGGAACUUGUCUUGAAGACCUGCCAGUUAAUACUUAAUCCUAAUGACGUAGUGACGUUUGAGAUUUUUGUUAAUACUACAGGGGCGACGCAAGAGUUGUGGCCCUUGGAUGACAUUUAUUUACGUAAUAGCUGGACAUCAACAUCUUGUCACGUGAACAUAACCAGGGAUGGGUGUGGCCACGUCAACGAGUCAAUGUGUGGUUACUGCGAGCGGCAAGGGAAUGGAGGGUUUUAUCUUCUGUUUCCGAGAUUCCAGGCCGAGGGUUACACCUACGUUGAUAGUGUAUGGGAGGGGAAGGCAGGGUCAAAGAGUAACUACUGGACUUUCUAUUCAUCCGAAUUUGAUCCAAAUGCUAUUUCCUACAAAUACAUUGGCUGGGACACUUACUGGAGCACAGUCUACUCAUACCUGACUGGCGGCUUCGUACAAGGUGUUGUAAGACACGAACUCUACCUCCCCCGCACUCUCGCAUCCAGCUUUCAAGUAGGAACAAAAACUGGUGAUUUCAUCAACGUGUCAGACACUUUAUACAUUCAGCCUACGUCUACUCUACAGGAAGAUGUUGUUUUCGUUCUAACCAGAACAAACUGUCAAUUUGUCUGUGGGCCUCUGAGUGAACAGUUCAAAUUGGAAGAUCUCAGACUUACUUUUAACAAGACACUGGCCACUAUAAGUGUAGUAAAUCAAUACUACCCAGCAGAGAAGGUUAAAUGUCAAGUAUUUUCUGGCUAUAUAGAGGUUAACCUGGCAACUAGUUUAUCGUGGCAAGAAACUUCUUGCACAUUCUCUGUCAAUGAAACAAGUGGCCAGGAAACAUUGCCUAUAGAAAUUAGAGUUUUUGUUCCAUUCCUUCAAUCGUCAUGUCGACCUACUGAACUUAUAAAAACAGGUAAGGACACCAUUUUUAUUAGCACAUUCGUACUUUCAAUAUAAUGACUUAUCAUGGACUAAUUUCCAUUUUUUAUACACAUUUAUAAGCCUUUACAAAUAUCUGUUAUAGCCUAACAGUGCCUUUUGUUACACGGGCUAAUACAAUUGGACCGAUUUAUAAACACACACUCACACACACAAUUGUCUUACGAACACAAACAAAACUGAAUUGGGCGUCAAGCUGCUUCCACAAAAAAUCUGUCACGGGCAAUGCCUGAAGCCUCUUCCCACCUGCUCUAAGAACCUCCAUGAAAGUGUGGCGUUAAGUUGUAGUACGAUGUCCCUGUUUGCGCUUUCCUAAAGAUUGAGUUUGGGGUGUAAGCUAACAUUUAGAAUUAGAUAUAGUCAGAGACACUUUCUUCAUCUACAACAACAAUGAAUGCAAGUGGCAUUACACUUGUAGUAUACAUCAUGUAUGAUAUUCAAUAUAAAUGUAUGUUUUGUAAAAGUGAAUUUUAUUUUAAUUUCUAUAUUAAUUAUGUUUACAUUAUGAUUAGUAAUUUACUGCAGACAGUGGAGUAGCUAGGAAUGUGCUUUAAUUUUGCUUGACCUCUUUGGGCGCCCUGCAUUUUGCGUAAUAUUUAA